AUGUCCAUGCACACAUCUCUCCGCCGCGCCGCGGCCACAUUACCCAGCUCAACAAGAAGCAUCCUCCCCUCCAGCCAAAUCAUUACCGCCCAAUCCAAGAGCACAUCUUUUACCUGUUCGCAAUGCCGCCAUGCGACCCUUCUCCGCCGCCCUAAGCGGCCCUACACCUUCACCCAGCUCGUCACCCUCUCCGACGGCAGCUCCUUCACGCACCGCACCAGCUCUCCUACUCCUGUCUACCGCUCCACCCGUGACACUCGGAACUCGCUUCUAUGGAACCCCACUAGCAGCAAGCUGAUGAAUGUGGAGGACGAUGAGGCCGGUCGAUUGGCUGCUUUCCGUGCGCGAUUCGGUCGUAGCUUCGAUGCCAACGCCCCCGCUGCGGAGGCUGAUGCUACUGCUAAGAAGGAGAAGGAGGAAGAAAUCAAGGCGCAGCAGGCUGCCGAGCAAGAGGAAGAGGAUAACCUGUUGGAUCUUAUCAGUUCCUUUGGACAACAGGAGGCGCCACCUCCGGAGAAGAAGAAGAAGUGGUAA